AUGAAAGUACCAUUUGUAUUUCAAUUAGUCCUCACCCUAAGCCUGGGGCUCCUAGCGAGCGCGCAUAACGUUCUUUUGCCCGCUCGUGGCCGCAGAUGCUUCUUUGAAGAACUAAGUAAGGGUGAUGAAAUAUCGGUUUCUUUCCAAUUCGGUGAUAGAGAUCCGCAAUCUAGCCAUCAGUUAAAAGGUGAUUUCUUUCUUUACAGCGCUCAGGGAAAUCAAGUGCUAGAAUCCUAUAGAGAUGUUUCGCACGGCGAAGUUACUUUGAAAGCACCAGCAAAGGGCAAAUACCCAUACUGUUUUUCGAACGAGAACUCCAACAUAGAGACGAAGGAUGUCACGUUCAACAUUCAUGGUACCAUAUGGGUUGAUGUCGACGACCCAAGCUCCAAUACUAUCGAAAGCUCUGUGAGAAGAUUGUCAAAAUUAAUUAAAGAAGUUGAAGAUGAGCAGAGCUACAUCGUCAUUAGAGAAAGAACACAUAGAAACACGGCAGAAUCCACUAAUGACCGUGUCAAAUGGUGGUCUGUAUUUCAGCUGGGAGUGGUUGUUGUUAAUUCAUUGUUCCAAAUCUAUUACUUGAAGAGGUUCUUCGAGGUCACAUCACUUGUUUAA